AUGAAUGGGGCAAUGGAGGGAAACCAGGCGAACCAACCGCCGCCGUUUUUAAUAAAGACGUACGAUAUGGUAGAAGACCCGACGACGGACCAUGUAGUUUCGUGGAGUAGUGGUAACAACAGUUUCGUCGUGUGGAACCCGCCAGAGUUCGCCAGAGACCUCCUGCCCAAGUACUUUAAGCACAACAACUUCUCGAGCUUCGUCCGCCAAUUAAACACUUACGGGUUUCGCAAGGUGGAUCCAGACCGAUGGGAGUUCGCCAACGAGGGUUUCCUGCGAGGCCAGCGACACCUCCUUCGCACAAUCCAGCGUCGCAAGCCCGCGUCGCAGACGGGAGCCGCGGCAAACUCCUCGCUCCCCCACGGCCAUUCUCACUCCCCCGCGUCGCUCCACGGCGCGCUCCCCGUCCCCGCGUCGCCGAGCCUAGUCGAGGUCGGCAAGUUCGGGCUAGAAGGCGAGGUGGAGAGAUUAAAGCGCGACAAGAACGUUCUCAUGCUGGAGCUGGUCCGGCUGCGGCAGCAGCAGCAGCAGCAGGCGAGCACGAUGCAGGUGAUGGAGCAGCGCGUGGCGAUGAACGAGCAGCGGCAGCAGCACAUGAUGACGUUCCUCGCCAAGGCCGUUCAGAACCCCGCGUUUCUCGCGCAGCUCAUGCAGCACCAGACGGACCACGCGAAGCGCACGCACGCGCACGCCGCCAUGGGGCGCAAGAAGCGGCGCAUCUCCAAGCAGGACGGCGGAAACUCCCCGCCGUCUGGGUCCUCCUCCCCCAGUCUGCACCCGGAGGGGCAGAUCAUCGCUUUCUCCCCCGCCGCAGCGGACCCGUCUAUGUUCCUUCUAGAGCAGUUCUUUCCAGCAGCGCCGCCAGCAAUGCCGGUCCCCACCCCUCACCCUGGCAUUCCUCGGCCGUUCCCCAUGCCGUUCACCCCUCUCCCCAUGACCUACCCCCCUUCCCACCCCACUGCUGCCGCCGCCGCCGCAGCAGCAGCAGCAGCAGCAGCAGCGACAGCGGCAGCAGCGGGAAGCGGGUACCCUGCUGCAGCGCCAAUGGUGCCUACUCCCCCGGCUUUCCCCCCCGUGCUGCCCCCGCCCCCGCCUGGCAUGGACCUGUCUCAGAGCCUGCUGGUGCAUGGCGCUAAGAUCAGCCCUCUAGGCAUGCCGACCCCCUACAGCGCUGCUACUGCCCCCAUGCUGCACCCAUACCUCCCCGUUCACGCCUCUGCCCCUGCCAACGCGUCUGCUAGCACUACUGCCACUCCCUCUGUUAGUCUCGCUGCCAAUGCCCCGCUCGCUGCCAGCGUUAGCGCCACAGGCUCGGCUGCCUCUCUCGCCCACACUGGCCCUGCUUCUGCGGCUGUAUCUGGGGCGGGUGUUUCUGCUCCGGUUGUUGAGGCAAAGGUGCCGGUGGCCUUGGCUGUCCCUAGUGUAGCGACAGGAGAGGCGUCAGGGGCGGGGGAAGGCAGCAGCGCAGCAGGCGGGGCAGUGUCGAGUGGGAAAGCGCGUGGAGACGUUGUGGGGGCAGGGGAGAUGGCGGGAGAAGCAGGAGUGGUUGGGGGAGGAGGGGUUGGGGGGGGAGUGGGAGGAGAGGGUAUUGGGGAAGGCAUAGGGGAGGGGGAUGGGUUGGAUUUGGAAGGCACAGGGGGCUUUAAUGAUUCCUUCUGGCAGCAGUUUCUCAGUGUGGCGCCGGGGGAGGGGGAGGGGGAAGGGGAGGGCGGAGGGGAGGGGGAUGGGGAGGGCGGUGUGGGGGAUUUGAAUGUGGAUGAGCUGGCAAGGGGGGUAGAGGGGUCUCUGGAGGAAGAACAAGGAAGGUAA